AAUUAUGCAACUUGCCCGGCACUAAAAGCAUUAAAAACCCAAUCCUCUCUUCAUCUGUAUCCCAUCUCUCUCUCUCUCUCUCUCUCUCUAUAUAUAUAUAUAUACUAUAUAAUUUGUCUUUGAGGUAGCCAAAAAAAAAACUGGAAGUAGUGUCUAACAAAAGGAUAAGAUAUAGCUUUGGUACAUGCACAAGAGAGAAACAUAUAUCAGCUUCUCUCUUUUCUGAGAGAAGAAAAAGAAAAACCCAAAUCUGAAUUUUUGUAGAAAUUCACUUGUCUUGGCUCUUAAAUCUUGAAGGAAAUUUGUUGAUUUUGUGUUGUGAGUCGGAUUUGUGUCCCGAUGGAUGGUGGUGACAUUUAUAAAGCAAGCAAUAGCUUGAGAGGAAGCUUGAGAGCAAACAGUUCGUCAGUAUGGAGGAACAGUACUGUGGAAGUUUUCUCGCGAUCUUCGCGCGAAGAAGAUGAUGAAGAAGCUUUGAAAUGGGCUGCCAUCGAGAAACUUCCCACUUACAAUCGGUUGAAGAAAGGACUUCUAUUGGGUUCACAAGGUGCAGCCAAUGAAGUCGAUAUUAACGAUCUCGGACUUAAUGAAAGGAAGCAUUUGUUGGAGAGGUUGAUCAAAAUUGCAGACGAAGAUAAUGAGAAGUUCUUGUUGAAGCUCAAGAAUCGAAUUGAUACAGUUGGACUUGAUUUGCCCACAAUUGAAGUCAGAUUUGAGCAUCUAAAAGUUGAUGCAGAAGCUUAUGCAGGAGGCAGAGCUUUGCCCACUUUCAUUAACUUCAUUGCUAACAUACUGGAGGGGUUUGUGAACUAUCUCCAUAUACUUCCAAGUAGAAAGAGGACUCUAUCUAUCCUUCGUGAUGUUAGCGGAAUCAUCAAGCCGUGCAGAAUGACAUUACUCUUAGGUCCUCCUAGUUCCGGAAAGACCACACUGUUGUUAGCUUUAGCUGGAAAACUUGAUCCUGAACUACAGUUUUCUGGAAGGGUGACAUACAAUGGGCAUGGCAUGCAUGAGUUUGUACCCCAGAGAACUGCAGCCUAUAUCAGUCAAAAUGAUCUCCAUAUAGGAGAAAUGACUGUGAGAGAAACCUUGGCGUUCUCUGCUAGAUGCCAGGGGGUUGGAGAUCGAUAUGACAUGCUAGCCGAGUUAUCAAGAAGAGAGAAAGCAGCAAAUAUCAAGCCUGAUCCUGAUAUCGAUAUCUACAUGAAGGCUGCAGCAACAGAAGGGCAGGAGGCAAGUGUGGUCACAGAUUAUACUCUAAAGGUUUUGGGACUUGAAGUCUGUGCAGAUACCCUAGUUGGAGAUGAAAUGUUAAGGGGUAUCUCUGGAGGACAGAGGAAGCGUGUUACAACUGGUGAGAUGCUGGUUGGACCAGCAAAGGCACUUUUCAUGGAUGAGAUUUCUACGGGUUUGGACAGUUCGACAACUUUCCAAAUUGUGAAGUCACUCAGGCAAUAUGUUCACAUUCUCAAAGGAACUGCUCUCAUCUCUCUCCUGCAGCCAGCACCUGAGACUUAUGAUCUGUUUGAUGACAUUAUUCUCCUAUCUGCUGGCCACAUUGUCUAUCAAGGUCCCCGUGAGGAAGUGCUCGAGUUUUUUGAAUCCAUGGGUUUCAAAUGCCCCGAGAGGAAAGGCGUAGCUGACUUCUUGCAAGAAGUGACAUCAAAGAAAGAUCAGCAGCAGUAUUGGGCACGCAAAGAUGAACCUUACAGUUUUAUAACAGACCGUGAAUUUGCUGAGGCAUUCCAGUCAUUCCAUGUUGGACGGAAAGUAGGAGAUGAGCUUGCGACCCCAUUUGACAAGACCAAAAGCCACCCAGCUUCUUUGACAACUAGUAAGUAUGGUGUUAGCAAGAAAGAGCUCCUGAAAGCGUGCAGCUCAAGAGAAUACUUGUUGAUGAAGAGAAACUCAUUUGUCUAUAUAUUCAAGAUCACACAACUUACUAUGAUGGCAUUUAUUGCAAUGACAGUCUUCUUUCGAACUGAGAUGCACAAGGAUAGUGUAACUGAUGGAGGGAUUUACCUUGGUGCUAUGUUUUUUACUGUUAUUAUGGUUAUGUUUAAUGGAUUUUCAGAGCUUGCCAUGACUAUUGCGAAGCUUCCUAUCUUCUACAAGCAAAGGGACCUUCUCUUUUAUCCCCCAUGGGCAUAUGCUCUUCCCACAUGGAUCCUCAAGAUCCCCAUUACAUUCAUAGAGGUUGCUGUUUGGGUGUUUAUAACUUACUAUGUCAUCGGGUAUGAUCCAAAUGUUAGCAGAUUGUUUAAACAGUACCUGCUCCUCUUACUUAUCAGUCAGACAGCUUCUGGAUUGUUCCGAACUAUUGCGGCAACAGGCAGGAACAUGAUUGUGGCAAAUACAUUUGGAACAUUUGCAUUGCUCACACUUUUUGCACUGGGUGGCUUUAUCCUAUCAAGAGAUGAUGUGAAGGGUUGGUGGAUAUGGGGUUAUUGGAUGUCACCAUUGAUGUAUGGGCAGAAUGCAAUUUUAGUAAAUGAAUUCCGUGGCAAUAGUUGGAAAAAGAUGCUCCCAAAUGCUACAGAGACACUAGGAGUCACGGUUAUGAAGUCUCGAGGGUUCUUUCCUGAUGCAUACUGGUACUGGCUCGGAGCAGGGGCAUUGUUUGGAUUUGUCGUGUUAUUAAACUUCUGUUUCGCUCUGGCUCUUGCUUAUCUAGACCCUUUUGAGAAGCCUCAAGCUGUUAUACCAGACGAAGAUCAAAGCAAUGCUGAAGGUGAUCAAAGCAGACGAGCCAUUCAGUUAUCAUCCCGAGGGAACAUCUCUGUUGGCCGAACUGCAUCUGAAGCAGAGAGAGAUCAAAUUAGGAGGAGAAGUAUCUCAUCUGGCUCCUCAUCCCGGACGACUGAUGCCAUUGUCGAGGCCAAUCAGAACAGAAAAAGAGGAAUGAUCCUUCCAUUCGAACAACUUUCCAUCACCUUUGAUGAAAUCAAAUACUCUGUCGACAUGCCACAGGAAAUGAAAAAUCAGGGUGCCCCUGAAGACAAAUUGGUGCUUCUAAACAAUGUUAGUGGAGCUUUCAGGCCUGGGGUUCUCACAGCACUAAUGGGUGUUAGUGGUGCCGGUAAAACAACUCUGAUGGAUGUGCUGGCUGGCAGGAAAACUGGCGGAUACAUUGAUGGAAAUAUUACAAUUUCUGGGCAUCCAAAAAGACAAGAGACAUUCGCUCGGAUUUCUGGGUACUGCGAGCAAAACGACAUUCACUCUCCUCAUGUUACUAUCCAUGAGUCAUUGAUUUACUCAGCUUGGCUGCGGUUAUCUACAGAUGUCAAUUCUGAAACAAGAAAGAUGUUCGUAGACGAGGUCAUGGAACUUGUGGAACUAGCCCCAUUAAAGGGAGCACUAGUUGGUUUGCCAGGUGUGAAUGGUCUGUCAACCGAGCAGCGCAAGAGACUAACCAUCGCAGUUGAGCUGGUGGCAAACCCCUCCAUAAUAUUUAUGGAUGAGCCAACAUCAGGGCUGGAUGCAAGAGCUGCUGCAAUUGUGAUGAGAACAGUCAGGAACACUGUAGACACGGGAAGAACAGUUGUAUGCACCAUCCAUCAGCCAAGCAUUGACAUAUUUGAAGCCUUUGAUGAGCUUUUCCUAAUGAAGCGAGGAGGACAAGAGAUAUAUGUGGGGCCAUUGGGUCACCAUUCUCGCCAUCUAAUCAAGUACUUUGAGGGAGUUGAGGGAGUAAGUAAAAUUAAAGAUGGUUAUAAUCCAGCAACUUGGAUGUUGGAAGUUACUGCUUCAGCACAGGAAACAGUUCUGGGGAUCGAUUUCACGGAAGUCUACAAAAAUUCAGAAUUGUACAGGAGGAACAAAGCCCUGAUCAAAGAAUUAAGCACCCCUCGUCCUGGUUCUAAGGACCUUUAUUUUCCCACUCAAUAUUCACAGCCUUUCUUCGUCCAAUGUAUGGCUUGCCUGUGGAAACAACAUUGGUCAUACUGGCGCAACCCACCAUAUACUGCAGUGAGAUUUCUCUUCACAACCUUCAUAGCAUUGAUGUUUGGGACAAUUUUCUGGGACCUUGGAUCCAAAAGGUCAAGGACACAAGAUCUGACCAAUGCUAUGGGUUCUAUGUAUGCUGCCGUUCUCUUCCUAGGGAUCCAAAAUGCCUCAUCGGUGCAGCCAGUGGUGGCUGUUGAACGAACAGUCUUUUACAGAGAAAGAGCUGCUGGAAUGUACUCAGCAUUACCAUACGCCUUUGCUCAGGUUCUUAUUGAGCUUCCUUAUAUAUUUUCACAAGCUGUGGUAUAUGGUCUUAUAGUUUAUGCAAUGAUUGGAUUUGAAUGGACAGUUGUCAAAUUCUUUUGGUACUUGUUCUUCAUGUACUUCACGCUAUUGUACUUCACCUACUAUGGCAUGAUGACUGUGGCUGUAACUCCAAACCAACACGUCGCUGCCAUCAUUGCUGCUGCAUUUUAUGGAUUGUGGAACCUCUUUUCAGGGUUUAUAAUCCCGCGACCUAGGAUUCCUAUAUGGUGGAGAUGGUACUAUUGGGCAUGUCCCGUUGCUUGGACCUUGUAUGGAUUGGUUGCGUCGCAGUUUGGAGAUAUAAAGGAUCCAAUCGAUACAGGCACAGUUGAAUUAGAAACAGUGGAACAAUACUUGGAUAGAUACUACGGAUUCAAACAUGACUUCUUAGGUGCAGUAGCGGGCGUGAUAGUUGGUCUUGCAGUUCUUUUCGCUUUCAUCUUUGCUUUAGCCAUUAAGGCGUUCAAUUUCCAACGACGAUAAGGAAUUACUCCAAAUCAGUCACUUCCUCUCAGCAUUCUGAUAUGAUCAUCUUGAAGAAGUGGUUCUAAUUUUUGUGUAUAGGAUGUUUGAGAAUAUUAUAAGCACUUUAAUAGCAGUGUGCUUAUUUAAUCGACAUAUUUGUGAAGUUGUUUCAUUUAUUUUUCGACAUAUUUGUGAAGUUGUUCCAUUUAUUUUUGCCUACAUUCUUAUUUAAUCAUCAUAUUCAUGUUGUCAGUUGCGAUGACUUGUUUAUAA